AUGGCCGGCGAACAUGAGCAGUACGCAAACCCCUUGCUCCUCGACUGGGUCAAGGAGUGGCUCGACACGGCAAGGGAGCGGAACAUGAAAAGCACCUCGACUUAUCGAAACGCCUACGAGUCUCUCAAAGCAUGCCCCAUCACCUUCAAGCACCCGCGCCAGCUCACCCAGCUGAAGGGCUUCGGGGACAAACUCUCCUCUCGCCUCACAGAUAAGCUAAAGGAACAUUGCGAAGCCAAUGGUCUGCCUAUGCCUAAGAACCCACGCUUAUCCAAGGAAAGUCAUGCAUCCCUCGGUGGGACUGCUGGUGAUGACGAACUGCCGCCUCCCAAGAAGGCGAGAAAAGCGAAGCCCUACGUCCCGACAUAUCGCUCUGGUCCUUACGCCAUCCUGCUGUCUCUCUCGACUUUGGACGAGGACGCACAACUGGGCAUGACAAAGGCCAAUCUCGUCGAGCUAGCCCAGGAACACUGCGACUCGUCAUUCAGUGUGCCUAGUGACACUACCAAGUUCUACACGGCCUGGAACUCGAUGAAGACCCUCAUAGAGAAGGAUCUCGUCUGCGAGAAGGGUCGCCCGCAAAGGCGUUAUUCGCUCACUGAUGAAGGAUGGGAGGUUGCCAGACGCAUCAAAAAGACGACACAGCCAAGUGGUAGGGUCGAUGACGUCGUGGCAGGUCCCAGUGCAGGAUCUAGCGCCUGUCCUGAGCCUGCAACAGGGCCGGAUCCGGUCACAAUAGCGCCAGGCAGGGAGGCCUCUCUAUCAGUCGAGCCCGUGGAACAACCAAAGCCCAAGUCGGUAUACGAAGGUGUCGUCGCAAAUGGCCCAGUGGUCUCGGAUGACGCUUCAUUGCCGACAUUUACCCCAAUCCGGCUCGCGCCGGGGUCUUUCACGGUUCAUCUCGCAUUGGACAUCCGCGAAGUCCGAGCUGUGAAAGACCGCGAUUACAUGCAAGACGAGCUCACCAAAAAGGGGGUCAAGCCCCUCAUGCGAGCGUUGGAGAUAGGCGACGCACAGUGGGUUGCCAAAUGCCACGAUUCUGCCGCUCUCGCUCGCCACGGUGCAGAGGGCGACGAGAUUGUCCUAGACUGGAUUGUCGAGCGCAAGCGACUCGACGAUCUGGUCAGCAGUAUCAAGGAUGGCCGCUUCCACGAGCAAAAGUUUCGACUCCGGAAAUCCGGUGUCAAAAAUGUGGUAUACAUCGUCGAAGAGAUUGCCAUGGACUCGGGUUACUACUCUAAGAUUGAGGAGAUGAUCCAAUCGGCCACCGCCUCCACUCAAGUAGUUAACGGCUACUUCCUGAAGAAGACACAGAAGAUGGACGACACGAUUCGGUAUCUCGCACGCAUGACCUUCAUGCUCAAGAAGAUGUAUGAAAGCAAGCCUCUCCUGGUGAUUCCGACAUCAGUCCUGACGGCGCAGAACUAUCUGCCGCUGCUGGAGCACCUGCGGGGGAAGGAACCAUUGACCGGCUAUUAUAUUACGUAUCCGGCGUUCGCAUCACUGGCGUCCAAAUCGGAUAUGAUGACCCUGCGAGAUAUUUAUCUGAAAAUGCUAAUGACGACGAGGGGCAUCACAGGGGAGAAGGCACUGGAAAUACAGAAGCGGUGGAAGACACCACACGAUUUCAUCAAGGCGUUCCAGGAGUGCGGCUCGGGCGAGCAAGGCGUCAAGAGAAAACGAGAGAUGGUCAUUGACGGCCUGCCCAACCUCGUGGGCCGCAAAAAGAUUGCCAAGGCUGUCAGUCAGCGGCUGGCCGAGGUCUGGGGCGAUGCUUGA